CCUAACAGUGCCAGUCAGUGCCACCUAUCAUUGCCACCUAUCAGUGCCCUACCAGUGCCUCCUCAUCAGUGCCCAUCAGUGCCACCUCUCAGUGUCCUUCAGUGCAGUCUAUCAGUGCCCAUCAGUGCAGCCUCAUUAGUGCACAUCAGUGAAGGAGAAAAAUCAUUUAUUUACAAAAUAUUAUAACAAAAACUAAGAAAAAAGUUUUUUUUUUUUUCAAAA